AUGUCUUCAAGCUCACUUGAUCACAAAGAGGAAACAACGAACAGUAACAACGGUGUGGAAGAACCGUCCUCUCUCGAUCUCUACAUUCCCAUCGGGAAUGAGAAGAAGGAAGAGGAUCAACAACACGAAGGACAUACAACGAACAAUCUCAAUGGUCAAAGCCAGAUCUCAUCACCCACCAAUGAAUUCCUUGAACUCGCCUUGAAACAGCAGGAAAGAAGCUUCAAGUCCACUCUUGACAGUACUUUCAACGAAUUUCAAAGCAAUAUCAACACAUUGAAACAACAUCACGAUACGACUUUUUUGGAUUUACAAACCCGAUGGAAUGAAAUGUCUGAUUCAGUUCGAAACACCAACCACAAACUUGCUGAUGUCGAGACCCGAUUGAACAGAAUCCAAACUGUUUGUGAUCAAGAAAGGACUCUUUUAUCUAAGAACUUUGAGGGUUUGAAAACAGAAGUUUUGCAAACAAAUCAAGAAGUAUCUAACUUCAAAACAGGUUUCGCCAUUCAGCUACAGGAAUUGAAUGAUUCAUGCAACCAGCGAUUUGAUUCUCAACUCAAUUCGACCAAUCAUUGGACGCACGAGCUGCAUCAGAAAAAUGAAGAUCAUCAAUCCAAAUGGAAUACCCGAAACAAUGAAAUGAGCAAACAAAUGGAAUUCCUCCAAGAUCUUUUACAACAGUCCUCUCAACAAAUUUCCAAACUUCACAGGAUUCAAUGGAUUCUCAUCUGUGUGAUUGUACUGCUUUUCGCUUUGGUUAUCCAUCCCAUCCUUUUCGAUUUCCAUUCUGAAAUGAGUACACUCGAACAAUCGAAAGAAAUAUCAAAUUUGCCUCAAGUAAGAACAAAACCCAAAACAACCAAAAGUGUUGCAAUUUACAGAUUUGGAAAUGGACUAGAUUUUGACUUUGACACACAACUUUUGCAAUUUAUUUCUCAGUAUUCGGAGGAUUAUACAUUGGUCAGUGCAACCGAUGCUACGAAAACAAAGUUGAACGUUGUUUUGGUCAAGAUUUCAUCCGAUCGUUUGCAGGAAAGUUUUCCAACACAUUCAUUCCAUCUGGAAAUGGAUUCCAAACUCUCUGGAAAACCAACCUUGUUGAUCGUUGUUAGGUUAACACAAAGCGUUGACGUGUAUUCGAUACAUGGUCUUGAUGAGUUUGUAAAGAAAAAUAACUUGGCUUCCACGGCUGCAGAACUUAAUUACGACAUGCAGUCAGAAAAAUUUAAAGAAGUCCUUUUUGGCAAUUUGAAACAAAAAUUAAUGUCCUUUCUUUCAAAAUAA